CAGCGAGCGCCGGCGACGGGAGGUGAUAGCGCCAUUGUGUACGCCGCCGCUCGUGAACAUGCUGUACAAUGUGGCGUCGGUGCCGGGCGGCCUGGAGCCGGCCUUCUACGCGCCGUACCGGCAGCCGGCACUGCUGGCGGCCAAACUGAGCGAGCCGGCGCCGGCGCACAAGGAGCCGGACGCCGUCAAACUGUUCAUCGGCCAGAUCCCGCGCCACCUCGAAGAGCGCGACCUGCGGCCCAUGUUUGAGGAGUUCGGCGCCAUCUACGAGCUGACCGUGCUCAAGGACAAGUUCACCGGCAUGCACAAAGGGUGCGCCUUUCUCACGUACUGCGCCAGGGAGAGUGCCGCCAUCGCCCAGAGCUCGCUGCACGAGAAGCGCACUCUGCCGGGGAUGAACCGGCCGAUCCAGGUGAAGCCAGCCGACAGCGAGAGCCGAGGAGAUAACUCCAACGAAGACCGCAAACUGUUCAUUGGGAUGCUGAGUAAGCAGCAGACUGAAGAGGACGUCAAGCAGCUGUUCCAACCGUACGGCCGCGUCGAGGAGUGCACCAUACUGCGAGGAAACGACGGCGUCAGCAAAGGCUGCGCGUUUGUCAAGUUCUCGUCACACCAAGAGGCGCAGACGGCCAUCAGCAGCUUACAUGGCAGCCAGACGAUGCCUGGCGCCUCGUCCAGCUUAGUGGUCAAGUUCGCCGACACUGAGAAGGAACGUCAGCUGAGGAGGAUGCAGCAGAUGGCCGGCAACAUGGGACUGCUCUCGCCGUUUGUCGUCAACCAGUUCGGCGCCUACGGCACAUACGCGCAAUUUGUCGACAGCCCUCCGGCGGCGCUGGUGGCGGCCCAGGGCAGCUACAUCAGCCCCAUGCCGGCCAUCGCCCCGCUGACGCCAGGCGCUCUCACCAGCGGGCUGCCGACCUCCAUCGUACCCACCUCCAACGUGCUGUCAUCACCAGCCACGAUGGGAGGCGAUGCGCCGUUGCAGCCGACAGCCGCCGCCUACCCAGCUAUGCCCUACUCGGCCGUCGCCGCGUUUCCGCAGCCCUACCCGCCGAUGGUGACACAGCCGCCCCUCAUUCUGCCCCGGGAAGGGUGCAGUAUAAGUGGCCCGGAGGGCUGCAACCUCUUCAUCUAUCACCUGCCGCAGGAGUUCGGCGACGCCGAGCUCAUGCAGAUGUUCCUGCCGUUCGGCAACGUCAUCUCCUCCAAGGUGUUCAUCGACCGCGCCACCAACCAGAGCAAGUGCUUCGGGUUCGUGAGUUUCGAUAACCCGGCGUCGGCACAGGCGGCCAUACAAGCCAUGAACGGCUUUCAGGUGGGCCUGAAGCGGCUCAAGGUGCAGCUGAAGCGACCCAAGGACGCUUCGCGGCCCUACUAGGAACCGGGAACCGGACGACAGAACUCGGCGACCAACUAGCACAGGCGUCCCGAUGGUGUCGGAGCGGCGCGCGGCUCAGCCACCACUGCGCCCUGCUCGGCAGUGGCCGAGCCGGCAGCCACCCACCGACCCGUGCCCGCCGUGACCGCCGACCGCCGACUGGCGCAACUGGGCGUGCGAGGCUGGUCACACCAUCGGCGGCCGGUGCAGCCAGAAACUAUUUAUUUAGUAUUUAUUGUAGGUGCUGGCAGUAGCGGGGAGCACGACUCUGCGGUCUCGCCACCGGAUACUGAUACCCGGGUCGACUCGAAGGCUCCUGCGGUGAUGCAGCGCAAGGCCGGCUGCCGGCGGCGCUGGCCGGGAGCCGGGAUCCGGGAUCCGGGAGGCGCGCGCUGGCCGGGAGCCGGGAGCCGGGAGGCGCGGCCCUGCUGCGCGCUGUGCUGUGGCGCCGGCGCAUGCAGUGCAGCGCAACACGGAUGGGAGGACGUGCUUACCACGACUGGUACUUUGCAGCUGACAGCGAUUUUACUUCUUAGGAGAUGAACCGAGCUUAUCUUUCCCAGACUAUGUACAAUGAUGUUUGCGAGGUCAGCUGCGCUCUCAGCAUACCGGGUAGUCAAGCAUUUUUUACAUCGUAAGUCUAUGUUCAUUCUUCUAAAUGCAACAUAGGAGUAGCUUUAUUUGAAGUUGUGGGCCAUAUUUACGAUUGUGCAAAUUAUUGUUAACGUUUCUGCUAUGUAUUUGGUUUUCGUUUUUGUACUUCAUCGUAUAUGUCGAUCUCUGUGAUCCAGUGGAGGUAAAGUCUAGUCAUGAAGCGCUUAUUUUCCACCUAUAGUUCGUUUUCUUUCAAGUUCGACCCUCACUGAAAACAUCUUUUAGAACACAGUACAAGAAUUGCUAGCUGAAUUACUGAGAAAACUGAUUAGCACACAUUACAUCGGAGAUAUGAAAUAACACUUUCAAAAUAAAUAGUAAACGCCGAUGAUGUACUGUUAUGUUACACGCCGUGCGAUUCGUUAAUUAGUUUAGUUAUUAUUCCUUACAAGUCCUCUGUCCUUCUGGGGUUGUAAAUAUGGCCUUGCUAGUCUGUGAUAAAAGCCAGUUAGAAAUAAUUUUGUUUCAGUUGAUUGUCAGCGAAAUAAAUGUGCGCAAACCAGCUUUCUCAGUAAUUCAGCUACCGAUUCUCGUGCUGUGUUCAAACUGAGACGGUUACAGUAAGGGUCAACUAAGAAAAACGAACUAUAGCAGUGCUCUGUUUUUCACACAUGUGCAAUUUCCACAAGUCAGAACUUCAGCGUAGUACUUACAUGCUGCUUAUUUAAUAUUUACAGAGCAAUGACUCGUUUUCGCCGCAGUGUCUUGCACUCGAUACGUUUCUUGUGGGAUGGCCGCGCAAUGUACUGAAUCCCGAAUUGCCCUGCGGCCGGGCGGCGGCGGGGCGGGGCAGCCGCCGCCCGGCGCGGGCCAGUGCCAACCGACAGCGCACGCACGGGGCCCCGCUGACUCGGCCCGAGAGACGCGCAGCUCGGGGCGGCCAGCUGACUAGUGCGGUUCGUACUUGUUUGUUACAAGCGUUUAUCACCAUGAGGUUGCCUCGUCCGGCCGGGACUGUUGCGCGUUACAAUUGUAGUGUUGCGUUGUUAUGGAAGGUGGCGUGUGCGCAGGAGCCGGCCGGCCGGCGGACCAGAGACCAUUCGCCGGCGGACCAGAGACCAUUCGCCGGCGGACCAGUGUGGUCUGCGCCGGUCCGGUCCGCCACCCAUCGGCCCGACGGCACGGAACGGAAGCGGCACUAAGCGCUGCGUGUGACCUGUACAGAGCUGACGAGUAGCUACUGAUGGCUGGUUAUGUACUCUGCAGUGCGGGCGCGCUGGCAUGGUGCCGUUGCCGAGUCGAGAGACCUUGUACUCCCUGUGUUUGGUAGGCUCACGGGACCAACAUAUUCUCAAUGCGUUCCUGUUCUGUAUGUACAUGCCUGCCCGUGCGAUAGGGCUCUCCAGAGCCGCCUAGCCUGGCGCGGCGCCGGCCCGGUCGCGCGGCUCCCCCGGCCGAGCGCUCAGUGGCGGCCUUCGCUGCAGCGCCACAGGCGAGAGCUGGAUUGUCGCAACUGCAAGCAUAUCAUGGGUCGGUAGGACACAAGACAGCGGCUGCGGUCCUGCGGCCCAGCGCGCAGUCUAGCCCUCGCCAGUGCCCAGCGGAACACCAGUGGAACGUAGGACGGACUGUCGAAACCAGGUAGAGGACCAGGGGUCGGCUUGACAGUAUUAGAGGCGAGCCCAGUCACCUUAGUCGCGGCGGUAUUGGAAGUGGGCGGCGCUGAGGAUUGUGGAUGUCGGUGGCGUGGCGAGUGGUGGUGGUCAGAUGGGAGGAGUCGGUCGGCCGAGGAUGGUGGAUGUCGGUGGGCGUGGCGAGUGGUGGUCAGAUUGUGGAUGUCGGUGGCGUGGCGAGUGGUGGUCAGAUGGGAGGAGGCGGCCGACUCAGACACACGCGGCACGCCGACAGCCGGCCGAUCGGGCCACUCGACCAGCCGGCGGCGCCGCGGCACGGCCUCGGACGCACGCCUCUGAUGAGACACGCCCGCGUGAAGGACUAGCGUAAAUCGGAGCACUCAACUACCAUACAUGCAUGGCGGCGGGAGCAUGCGCGCGCCGCGGCUGGGCCGACGGACGUCAGUGCGCAUCCUGCUCUAGGUCAGCGGAAGGCUGGGCGUGCCGCCGCGACCAAGGAGCCGGGUAUGGACAGGGCAGCUGACGACAGAGGCGUGCCAAUCGACGGCCGGUCGGCGGGGAAAUGCCCAGCUUGCAUAUUGUAUAAGACAUUCUUUGUAACAAAAUAAAUUUAGCAGGUACAUAGACCAGA